ACAGAAUCAGCCUCAAUCAUAAUAAAGUGAGGUUAUGUUACAAAAAAAACUCAAAAUGAUUUAAUAAAAGUUAAAAUGCAAACGGCGGUUUCAAAGCUAGUGGGUACUUUUGGAUACAUUAUCCAAUAUGGUUGUAUAGCUCAUUGUACGUUUGAAUACUUAGCGGAUUUAGUAGUGUGUUCUGGCCCAUCUAUGGAACCAACAUUAUACUCCGACAACGUUCUUUUAACUGAGCACAUCUCCCCUCGAUUAAAUAUGAUUACUCGUGGGGAUAUAGUUGUAGCAAAAUGUCCCACGAAUCCUAACCAAAAAAUUUGUAAACGUGUUGUAGGUGUUUCAGGGGAUAAAAUACGAACGGGAUUGAAAACCCAUAUCAUCCCAAGAGGUCAUGUUUGGUUAGAAGGUGAUAAUAGACAUAAUUCGGCUGAUUCUAGGCAUUACGGACCUGUACCAACAGGAUUAAUUAAAAGUAGAGCAAUUGUAAAAAUCUGGCCGCUUAAUGAGGUGCAAGUUUUAAAGGAUUAAAUUAGAUGUAUUUUAAAACGAUGAUAAUUAUAUAUAGACGAUUAUAAAUAAAUUAUUUUGAAAUUGAA